AUGUCGUGCCCCUCCUUCCAGCAGGGCUUCAGAUGUGGCGGCCGGAGCUUCAGCUACUGCUCAGCUGUCCUCCCCCGGGUGGUCACUCACUAUGCAGUGAGCCAGGGGCCAUGCCGGACUGGGGGCAGUGGGAGCUUCCGUGCCCUGGGCUGUCUCGGCUCCCGGAGCCUGUGCAACGUGGGUUUCGGGCGGCCCCGGGUGGCCUCCAGGUGUGGCCUGCCUGGCUUUGGGUAUCGAGCAGGCACCACUUGUGGGUCUUCUGCCUGCAUCGCCCCUGUAACCAUCAAUGAGAGCCUGCUGGUCCCACUCGAGCUGGAGGUCGAUCCAACUGUCCAGAGGGUGAAGAGGGAUGAGAAGGAGCAGAUCAAGUGCCUCAAUAACCGCUUUGCAUCCUUCAUCAACAAGGUCCGGUUCCUGGAACAGAAAAACAAGCUGCUGGAGACCAAGUGGAACUUCAUGCAGCAGCAGAGGUGCUGCUCGAGCAACAUCGAGCCCCUUUUCGAGGGCUACAUCUCCACCCUUCGGAGGCAGCUGGACUUGUUGACUGGGGACCGAGACCAGCUGGAGUCAGAGUUCCGCUGCCUGCAAGACACGCUGGAGGGCUACAAGAAAAAAUAUGAGGAGGAGCUCUCCCUGCGGCCCAGUGCUGAGAACGAGUUUGUUGCCUUGAAGAAGGAUGUGGACACGGCCUUCCUGAUAAAUUCUGACCUGGAGAUCAAUGUGGAAGCUCUGAUCCACGAGCUCGACUUCCUGAAAACCCUGUAUACCGAGGAGACAAAUCUUCUCCAGUCUCAGAUCUCAGAGACCUCAGUCACUGUGAAGAUGGACAAUAGCCGGGAGCUGGACACGGAUGGCAUCAUUGCCCAGAUCAAGGCCCAGUACGACGAAAUUGCCAACCGCAGCAAAGCCGAAGCAGAGGCCUGGUACCAGACCCGGUAUGAGGAGCUUCAGGUGACGGCCAGGAAUCACUGUGACAACCUCCGCGACCGCAAGAAUGAGAUCCUGGAAAUAAACAAGUUGAUCCAGCGGCUGCAGCAAGACAUUGAGAUUGUCAAAGCCCAGCGCUGCAAGCUGGAGGCUGCAGUGACCCAGGCAGAGCAGCAGGGCGAGGCAGCCCUCAAUGAUGCCAAGUGCAAGCUGGCAGGGCUGGAAGAGGCCCUGCAGAAGGCCAAGCAGGACAUGGCCUGCCUGCUCAAGGAGUACCAGGAGGUGAUGAACUCCAAGCUGGGCCUGGACAUCGAGAUCGCCACCUACCGGCGCCUGCUGGAGGGCGAGGAGCAGAGGCUAUGUGAAGGUGUUGGACCCGUGAAUAUCUCUGUGAGCAGCUCCAAAGGUGCCAUCCUGUAUGAGCCAUGUGUGGUCAGCACACCUGUGUACUGUCCAGGGAGCACCACGGUCCUCAAGAGCGGUGGGGGCUGCGGCAUCGGGGGCACUGGUGAAAUCUACAUCCCCUGUGAGCCCCAGGGGCUCCUCGUCUGUGGGAGCAGGCGGAGCUCCACUGUGAAGCUAGGGGCUGGGGGCAGCGCCUCCUGCCACAAGUGUUAG